UCAGCUUCCUGCACCGUGCAAUGGCUCUUGGACUCGCUUCCGUAGCGGCAGUAGCUGGAGGACUUGCGCACACCCCUAUCGCACUGCUCACACUAAUACCACUUUUAGCUGUAGGAGUCAAUUACUAUAGAUACCAAAGUGUGGAUCCGGAGACGAAUCCCACCGACCAGCAAACGCUAAGACGAUACUAUGACUUCGUCGUCAUUGGGGCCGGUUCGGCCGGAGCCGUCGUGGCAUCGCGGCUGUCCGAGAUCGGCGACUGGUCGGUGCUGCUACUCGAGGCUGGCGGUGACGAGAACGAGGUAACGGAUGUGCCCUCCCUCGCCGGUUACCUUCAGCUGACCGAGUUCGACUGGAAGUACCAGACGACGCCGUCGGCCGACCGGCGCUACUGCCAGGCCAUGAUCGGGGACCGGUGUAACUGGCCGCGCGGCAAGGUGAUGGGCGGCUCGUCCGUCCUUAACGCGAUGGUAUACGUACGGGGUAACCGUCGAGACUACGACUCCUGGCAGGAGCAGGGUAACGUCGGCUGGGGCUACGAAAACGUGCUGCCGUACUUCAUCAAAUCCGAGGACAACCGGAACCCGUACAUGGCCCACUCGCCGUACCAUGGGGUCGGCGGUUACCUCACCGUACAGGAGGCACCCUGGCGAACGCCACUGUCGGUGGCGUUCGUAGCCGCCGGUCAGGAAAUGGGCUACGAAAACCGCGACAUUAACGGAGCAGACCAGACGGGCUUUAUGUUGCUGCAGGCGACCAUCCGACGUGGCAGCCGGUGUAGCACAUCCAAAGCGUUCCUGCGCCCGGUGCGGUUGCGCAAGAACCUUCACAUUGCCAUGAACGCGCACGUCACCCGCAUCCUGUUCGACGAGCAGCAUCGUGCGUACGGCGUCGAGUUCGUACGUCACCAGAAGCGUCAGUACGUGUUCGCUCGCAAAGAGAUCGUACUGUCGGCCGGAGCACUCAACUCGCCCCAGAUACUGAUGCUGAGCGGCGUCGGACCGGCAGAUCAUCUCGCCGAAUUAGGCAUACCGGUGGUAUCGGACCUGCCCGUCGGUGACAAUCUCCAGGAUCACGUCGGUCUCGGCGGUUUAACGUUCCUGGUCGAUCAACCAGUAACGGUGAAAACUUCCCGCUACAGCUCCGUCCCGGUAGCGCUCGAGUACUUCCUGAACGAGCGCGGACCGAUGACGUUUCCCGGCAUUGAAGGUGUCGCGUUCGUCAACACCAAGUACGCGGACCCGUCCGGCAAAUGGCCCGACAUACAGUUCCACUUCGGUCCGAGCUCGGUCAACUCGGACGGUGGACAGAACAUUAGGAAAAUUUUGAACCUACGCGACGGCUUCUACAACACCGUGUACAAACCGAUCCAGAAUGCGGAAACGUGGACCAUCUUGCCAUUGCUGCUACGGCCGAAAAGUACCGGCUGGGUACGGUUGCGCUCGAAAAAUCCGUUCGUGCAGCCAUCGAUCGAACCGAACUACUUCGCGCACGAGGAGGAUGUGGCCGUGCUGGUCGAGGGCAUCAAGAUUGCGAUUAACGUCUCCUACACGCAGGCCUUCCAGCGGUUCAACUCGCGGCCGCAUGCGAUCCCACUGCCCGGCUGUCGCCAUCUGCCGUUCAUGUCCGAUGCGUACUGGGCGUGCACGAUCAAGCAGUUCACCUUCACCAUCUACCAUCCGGCCGGUACGGCCAAGAUGGGACCGAGCUGGGACCCGGGCGCUGUGGUUGACCCUCGGUUGCGGGUGUACGGUGUGUCCGGGUUGCGCGUGGUCGACGCCAGCAUCAUGCCGACCAUCAUCAGCGGCAACCCGAACGCACCCGUCAUCAUGAUCGGUGAGAAGGCGGCCGACAUGAUUAAGGAGGACUGGGGACGACUUGUCGGUUGGUAGCCGGCCGGAGCAAAUAUGGAACCGGAUGCGUCCCGAAGACGGAAGGAACUUAACUUAACUCUAGCUAGUCAAAUAAUCACGCUCGCUCGAUACUCCUCGACAGACAGGCGUGGUGUAGCGUGCGGCAGAAUGUGUGCAUGAGUGUUUCGGUAGCUUUGUAUAAUAUGUAACGUGUUCUCUAGAUGUGUAGUUCCGGCAGGAUUUCGGUGUAAAAUGCAAAAACUGUGAAGUUUUUUUGUUUUAGAAAAAUUUUUACAAUUUCAUUUGGACAAACUCAACUCCAGUGCUGCGCGCGGCACCCGGUAGUAGGUAGGAUAGGUAGAAACGAUUGGAGAAACGGUCGUGCCUCUUAGUAGUGACCCGUUCGUGCUCGUAAGCCAAACGUGCCAAGGCGUGUGAGUGUAUGUGUUUAGUGUGUGCGUGUGUGUGUGUUCUUCCAAAUGAAACAUUGUUGUAGAAAUGAAUUUGAAAAUGGGGUUUUUGUACAGAGUGACGUACGGGGCAUAUAGGAAACAAAAAAUAAGGGCGUAAGGAAUAAAACAACAAAAAAAAACCAUAGACAUCGACAAGUUGUCAAGUUGUCGAGAUACUGGAAGCAUUCGUUCUUGUGUACAUUUAAAAUGUGGCGAAAAACAAACCUUUGAAAAAAUUACACAAAAAAAACGUUACCAACAAAUAAAUGGAAUUGAUGAUAGUGAA